AUGAAGUAUACUUGGUGUGUGGUGAAGGAAACAAUGAGGCUAGCCCCACCUGCACAAGGAACUUUUCGAGAAGCCAUAACUGACUUCACUUUUGAAGGUUUUACCAUUCCAAAAGGGUGGAAGACAUAUUGGAGUGUACAUUCUACAAACAAAAAUCCCAAGUACUUUCCAGAUCCAGAGAAAUUCGAUCCCUCGAGAUUUGAAGGAAAGGGGCCUGCACCAUACACUUUUGUACCUUUUGGAGGAGGACCUCGACUGUGUCCAGGGAAGGAAUAUGUUCGAUUGGUAAUACUAGUAUUUAUACAUAAUAUGGUGACAAGAUUCAAAUGGGAGAAAGUAGUUCCAAAUGAAAAGAUCAUAUAUAACCCUUCACCAUUUCCUGUAAAUGGUCUCCCAAUCCGCCUCCAGCCCCAUGAGAAAUAG